GCCAGCAGGAGCAAGCAGGACAACAGCGCAGUCAUUUCAACCACAACAACACAAGCACCCUCACAUCCUCACAUCCACCCUCCCACAUAGCUUCUCUUAGAUAUCCACCCUUCCACCCUCCCACAUCCAAGCAUCCACCUCCCCCACCAACCCCUCCCCCGAACUCCCAAACAUACACAGCACACUGCACACUUCACAUGUCCUGCGACAGCAGCAGCGUGUGGGUGCUGGUUGCAGAGCAACUGCUCAUGUCCAGCAUGGCCUCAACCACACUAAGAAGAAUUCCCUUCGUUUGUAACGCUGUAGCAGAUUGGGAUGGUCUCGAAGACCCUUUGGAGGACGCAAGUGUGUGGACGAAGAAGCAUGUCCAUGAAGUGAAGCGGGACACUGCGCGCGCCUUUGUCAACCUCAUGCUGACGUGCCGUCAGCUGUACCACGACCUGCCAUGGGCCAUGCCAAAGUGGUGCCUGGCUGAUGUGCUGAGCACACACGUCUGGCGGAUGGCCAUCGCGCGUCGUGAUCUCAAGAUAUUCAUUGACGCGUUCCAGAAAGGGAUUGCAGGCGCUCGUUCGCCGUUGUGCCCUCAUGCGAACACGCCGCUACAGAUCCUCGAGCAAAAAGCAGGCCCACCGCAGCGAUCAAGCCGUCACGACCGCCCAGCUUCCAGUCGGGGCGUUUGGCUGGAGAACCGCUUCCUCGUGUACAGCUGGCUCGGUGCAACUUGGGACAGUGAAUGUGCCUUCUUACGCACGAGGCUGAGGUCUCCUUUAGCGCUGGCUGACUUUUGGCGCUCCUUCGCCCGCUUUGGUCGCGUCUCCUACGCGUCACUUGGGAACCUGGAGGCUUGGUGUGGUACGCAGCCUGACCGCUCGGGUGCAGCUGACCACGACCACACCGCAAGUCAUGAUGGCUCUGACCAACAGAGCCAACACGUUCCACAGUCCAAGGGUGACAAGGAGGAUACGCCUGCCCCAAUGGACUCACGCACAGACCCAUCCGACACGCAGUCCCGCCACACGGUCGGAGGAAGUGAAACGCACCCAAUCAACGCCACCCCCGCGCUGUUUUCCCUCGAAGCCAACUUGAAUGAUCAGAGAGAUGCCGACCGCUUCCACGAACUGCGCACGCGGGCUUUGGGAAAUGCGCGUGGAGAUCGCGUCGCGCUUCACGUGAAAACGUCGCUCUCGUCACUGUCUGCGUGCAACAUCAACGAGCUCACAAUUCGCUCCCUGUUCGCCGAAGUCGAGCAGAUGAGACUGUCCACCGUGCAACGCGUGCACUGGUUCGCGAACAAGCAGCGGCAGGCCAUUCACGGCAACAUCCACAACGUGCGCCGGUUUGACACUCACCACUCUGUUCCACUCGACGCGGACAGCGCCAUCGCCAGCGUUCCCUGCAUUCAGCUGGAUGACAACGCCGCUGCUGAUCUAACGCCCCUGCACCGCGUGACCAAGCUUAUCCUCAACAAGGUCUGUGUUACCAAUGGACUUUCUGUGGUGGCAUCCGCUCAAGACAUUGAGCUCCGCGAUAUGCCGCUGAGCAGCAGCGUGCACACUCUCAACGCCACCCGUGUCAAGCUGCUGCGGUUGAGUAAGGCGCCAAACACGCUGCACCUCCCCCAGGCAAGCCGCAUUGAACUAAUUCAUGCCGGGGUGCGGCGGAUUACGUGCCCUCCAAUCCUGCGCAGAUUGGUGGUUCGGGAUGACACUGGCUCUUCACCUCCCGUGCCCGAAUUCCAUCACGCUGACACAGUGUUGCUUGAUUUGCGGUACACGCGCCUCAGCCGUGAAGAGCUCGCCAACCUUGCACGCCGAGUCAGCAGGCUGGAGCUCAGUGGCGGUGUGGCUAGUAUGCGCGACUUGGCCGGCAUUCCAUCCCACGCACAUGUCAGCCUCGAGAAUGUCUGUGUGGAUGCGCCUGUGCCACUGUGUGUGAAGCACCUGCGGAUCUCAAUCGCGGAACGCCUCGACAGCCAGCUGGUGGCAGCGGUACCAGAGUUGUUCAUUGACGGCCACUUUACCUAUCCGCGCAUCGACAACGUGCACCUGCUCUCUGGUCGCCAGAACCUGCGCAUCUCAUGUGCCUCCUUCAAUGGGGACAUUACGCAUUGUACUCGCGUGUGGCUUGGCUUCUGCCACGGCCGAGGUACCUUGGCCUCCAUCAGUUCCCUGACCGUGGAGGGCGCAACUGUGGGCGUGUCUGACUUGCGCGUGUAUGACACGCCAACAUGCCGCCUACGCUCCUGUGCCAUUGAGGACAGUGCGGGCCUGCAAGGUAUCCACACGCUCGUGCUCGCUGCAUGCACGUUUGAUACCUUGGAGGGCCUUUCGUCUGUGCGCUGCCUCGUGGUUCACAGGUGCACGACGCCAGACAAAGUGUGGCUCUGGCCUGACACGGUUUUUGUGAACCGCCCUCUCGAGGAGAUGACACGCUUGCUGGUGGCUGGCAAACACAGGAAACCCACGUGACACACAACUGGAGGGAAGGACCGAUGGCGGGUAGAACGGAGGCGGAAGGGAGGCGGGAAGGAGACGGAAGGGAAGUGGGAAGAGACGGAAGGGAACUCGGGGUAUUGAAUAUCCGAACCUCGCUCAUUCCAGCGCUUGACUGGGUGGGG